UCUGCAUAAUCGAAUCCGCAGAUUGUUUCUGCGGAGGAAGGAAUGUGACAGGCACCUGUGAGGUGAGCCGACACCAGGGGAGAGAUGACCGGGCAGACGGAAGAUGAUAUACCUGAAACAGGAGCAAUCUUCACCUUUGGGAAGAGCAAGUUUGCUGAUAAUGUGCCCAGUAAAUUCUGGCUGAAGAAUGACCAUCCAGAAGAAAUCUCGUGUGGGGGUGAUCACACUGCUCUCGUAACAGGCCAUAGCAGGCUGUUCAUGUUUGGAAGUAAUACCUGCGGUCAGUUAGGACUGGGGUCAGAGAUCAACAUCAACAAGCCCACUGCUGUGAAAGUGUUGAAGACUGAAAAAGUGAAGUUUGCAGCAUGUGGAAGAGACCACACAAUCGUGUGCACAUGGAGUGGGCAGGUUUAUGGUGCUGGCAGUAACCAGGAGGGGCAGCUUGGUUUGGGACACUGUGAUGACACAAACACCUUCCACCUGAUUCAUCCCUUCUCUGACCACGCACCAAUCAAAAUGCUCGCUGCUGGCUGCAACACCUCAGCUGCUCUGACAGAGGAAGGCAGGCUGUUCAUGUGGGGUGAUAACUCGGUUGGCCAGAUCGGUCUGGGGGCAGAGAGCUACGCCUCAGAGCCCAGAGAGGUGAUGGUGGGGCAGUCAGUGGCCUGGGUGUCCUGUGGAUAUCACCACUCAGCGUUCGUCACAGUGGACGGGGACCUCUACACGUUUGGGGAGAGUCGGAAUGGAAGGCUGGGUCUAUUCCAUGACCAGCUGGCCAAUCACAGAGUCCCUCAGCAGGUGGAAGGCAUCCAGGAUCCGGUCAUCCAGGUGUCCUGUGGAGGGGAGCACACAGUGGCACUCACAAAGGAGGAUGUGUACACGUUUGGGCGUGGUCAGCAUGGUCAGCUGGGCCACGGGACCUUCCUGUUCGAAGCACAUCUGCCCAAAGCACUGGUCCACUUCCGGAACGGCAGAGUCAGUCACGUCACCUGUGGAGAGAACCACACUGCUGUGAUCACAGACAGUGGGAUUCUGUACACCUUUGGGGACGGUCGCCAUGGUAAACUAGGACUGGGGGAAGAGAACUUCACCAACCAGUUCAGACCAACACUGUGCCCACGCUUCCUCAAAUACAGUGUCCAGUCAGUGAAAGGUGGCAGCUCUCACAUGCUGGUGCUGGCUAUUCCCAGACCCCCAGAGGUUGAGGAAGUGGUGAUAGAGGAAGAUGAUGUCACAGAGACCAUUCUGGAGACUCUGGAAACAUACACUGAGCUGCUCAUGAUGGAUCCCUCCCUCCUGAUGUCCAACCCACCGACUGCACCUCCUCUCUGGACCCUGUCUGCUAGGGCCCGCCGCAGGGAGAGGGAGUGUUCUCCAGAGCAGUUUGGCCAGAUGUUCCGUAACCUUCCUCCUCUGAUGUCUGGCUUCUUCAACACCUCCCUUCCCGUGUCCAGGAACAUCCACAUCUCCAGAACACCAUGUAAAGACCCCUCCACCUCUUCACUGUCUUCCAAUCCCUCCUCAAACAACACCCCCAUUCCCUCUCUGUCACUCAAACCCAGAAGCAAACCCCCUUUAACACCAUCACGGUCACCCCAAUUCACAUUCCCAGACCCUCCCAGCCCUUCACUCUCCUCAAAGUCCAGCCCUAAGAAGAAGAAGCCCACCCCGUCAAAAUCACCAAAAUCUACAUCUAAAGAACCCAGUAGCCCCUCACAGUCCUUCCUAUCCAUGCCUAAACUCAUCCCCGACCCCACACUGUCCCCUAAAACCCCCUUUAAAAAGCCCACAGAUUACAACCAAUCCCCCAAAACGCUGUCUAAGGGGCACCCAAGCCCUUCUCGGAGUCCCACCUCACCACAGACAGAUAGGAACGAGGACACAGUGACAGAGGCCCCUGACAGCCUGAUGCUCAUUGAGAAUAUGGAGGAUGUUAAGGACACGUUGUCAAACCUGGCAUCACUAUCGAGAGGAGAUUCUGGCAAUGAGACUGGGACUACAUCUGCAGAGCAGAAGGAUAAGGGACAUAAAAAGGGUAGGGUUCUUUGGAGAGCUGUGAAGGAGGCAGAGAGGAAGGUUGAACAAACCCUGACCAACAGGAAGGAGGAGCUACCUUCCCAUGAAGCCCUUCCCACCGAGCUCCAGAGAGGUUCCAGUUUGAAUUUGUUGAAGGCAGAGGCCAUGCCCACAAAGAGUCCCAAACCACUAAAGACCCCUCAGACCCCCCAAACCCCAGCCAGGGGCAAGGAGAACAUCACUUUGACAACAGAAAAGGCUGGCCUUAAAGUGAAAACCAGUAAACUAGAGAGCAAUCUUCAAAGCACAGGUAAAGCAGGGUCUAAGCUAAAUAGACCUGCAAGGAAACAAAGCAAGUUAUCUGUAUUGAAACCUAGCACUCCUAAACACAGUCAGAUUCAGAUAUCUGUGUCUAAACCCAGCACUCCAAAGCAUGGUCAAAGCAAGCUGUCUGAGGUGAAUAAAGGUACAGAGAUGAAAGGGAAAGGCCCUGUAAAGAUCAGAAGUAAGGAGGCCGAGGCGACCAGCACUCCCAUCAAAACGAAAAGUUUGGAGUCCAAAGGCAAGAAAUCAAAAAUUGCAGAGGAAGAUACUAAAACUAUUGAAGUUCAAAAUAAACCACUUCAAGGGGUCAAGUCCGCUCCAGUCAAAGUUAAAGGUAAACAAUUAGAGGUCAUAUCCACCCCUGUGAAAAGUAACAUUCAAGAGGCCAAAUCCUCUACAGUCAAAGUUAAAGGUAAACCCGUGGAAAAGGAGCCAAUUCCAAGUAAAACUGUGGCUGAAAGCACUCCUUUCAAUGUAAAGAGGAUUCCUCAGGAGGUAGUAGAUAAAACAUGUGGAGGUAAAAGCACUCCUCUGAAUGUAAAGAGGGUUCCUCAGCAGGUAGUAGAUAAAACAUGUGGAGGUAAAAGCACUCCUUUCAAUGUAAAGAGGGUUCCUCAGGAGGUAGUAGAUAAAACAUGUGGAGGUAAAAGCACUCCUUUCAAUGUAAAGAGGGUUCCUCAGGAGGUAGUAGAUAAAACAUCUGAAGGUAAAAGCACUCCUAUAAAGGGACAAAGGAAGGCAAAAGAGGUGAAUGAACAAAAGACUGGAGAGUCUAUUACUUUCAAAGAGUCAGGGACAACAGAGGGGAAGGAAAUGGCAGUUAAAGAUAAAGGCAAAGUCACAAAAACAAAAAGUGCAUCCACCAAAACAAAACAUGUGCCUGAAUCUGAAGAGGUUAAAGCUAAAUUGACUGAGUUGAAUGGAAUCCAUUCAGUGAAACUGAAGCCAACCAAUCUUAGCCAACCAAUCUUAGUAGAACCUACCUCAAAGGCCACAUCACCAUCCGAAUCACUGUCAUUAUCAGAUGCAAUGCCUCAAAAUGCUUGGGAUAAGAAGUCAGCGAAGUAUGAGCUUAGAGAGUCACUGGCUGUCUCACAGGUCAAAGAUAGAGUGGCGGUCCCAGGGGAAGAUACCAUUGGUGAAUCCCAGGAGGGGGAGCCUGGCUGGGGAGGAUUUCUCAGCGAUGCAGCCUCUCUCCUUCCAGCCGUAGGGGUGGCAGGCGUAGCCAUGGGGGCCUUGAGUGAGGCGGUGACAAGUGUGAGGGCGUUUCAGUCAGAGAGUGACACAGCCACUUCUAUCCCUCCUCGGCGGUGCAGCCGGGUAGAGAGGUUCACCAAACAGAGCGCCAUCACCCAGCCUUCCGCAUCCUCCUCUUCAACAUCAGAUCCCAGUGCAGUAGCGCAAAGAAACAGGACCUCCAUCUGCAUCAGUGUUCUCAGGAAUUCUGAUCAGGAAGCAGGGAGCGGGAGUUCUGAGAAGAACCCAGACACCACAGAGGAUGCUAGUGACAGGUCGGGAGGUCAGGCCGAGGUUGACGACGAUGAGAACACUAGUAGAGGUCAAAGGUCAGAGGAUGAGGAUGACGAACAUGAGGAUUUCACAAAGAGACAGGGAGAGGAGGAUGACAGGAGUAGUGAGGGUCUGGAAGAAGAAGAGGAGGAAGAGGAUGACAGGAGUAGUAAGGGUCUGGAAGAAGAAGAGGAGGAAGAGGAUGACAGGAGUAGUGAGGGUCUGGAAGAAGAAGAGGAGGAAGAGGAUGACAGGAGUAGUAAGGGUCUGGAAGAGAGCAGUGAACAGAACGAAGGGGGAGAAGCAGAAGACAGUGAUUCUGUGGCUAGCAGAGAAGGAGAGGAGGAUAGAGAAGAGAGGAGUGAAGAGAGCCAGGGCGCGGAGGGGGAGGAGAGCAAAGAGAGUGAUUCUGAGGGGACAGGAGAGGGGGAGGAGAGCAAAGAGAGUGAUUCUCAGGGGACGGGAGAGGGGGAGGAGAGCAAAGAGAGUGAUUCUGUGGGGACAGGAGAGGGGGAGGAGAGCAAAGAGAGUGAUUCUGUGGGGACAGGAGAGGGGGAGGAGAGCAGAGAGAGUGAUUCUGAGGGGACAGGAGUGGGGGAGGAGAGCAAAGAGAGUGAUUCUUUGUGA